UCGCCGCCGUCACCACCGCCCGCCACUACAGCCGAGGGAAAAGCACCCCUUCCCCCCCGGGGGCGCGUGCGUCCGGCACGUCGGUCGAGUGCCGACGACAAACGCGCCGCUCACGUUCGCACACGACCGCAGUCUGCCGCCAAACGCCGUCCCGUCGGGCCCGUCGCCGCCGCACGUCGUCCGCAUCAUCGUUCGCCGUCAUCGUCUUCGUCGUCGUCGUCGUCGCGCUCGUAUCCGCCGUCGCCGCUCUCCCCGUGAGACCAUGUGUCGUCCACCCACGUCCGACCGGUCACCGACGCGGCCGUCGUCGUCGUCGCCGUUGCCGCCGUAAUGAUGACAUUAAACAAAUGAAUAAUUAAAUUAGUGCGAUGGUCGCUGUCUCCUCCUCUACCGUUUCGCGCCAUUUCUCCGCCGUGCGCCACGAAGUUGAUUUUGAAAACUGAAAAUCGCAAUAGGAAUUUCCGCCGCGUUUUACCGUGUUUCUCCUGUACCUUAGACGGUUUUCGGUUUUCGCACUCGGCGAGUGCAACGAUCGUCGCCACCUGCCCCUCGCCGUCAUGGAGGCGGACCUCCGGGUUCUCCUGGUCGUUUGGAUACUGUCCACCAUGGGAGCAUCACCUGAACUGGCGUCUGAAGUUACUGUACCACUUGUUCCUGUGGAUGCUGUGGAAGGUAAAACCGUUAAUUUUCCUUGCGACGUUUCCUCACCAAAUCCAGCAGACAAAGUUUACAUGGUAUUCUGGUUCAAAGAUGACUCUGGCGUACCACUAUACAGCUUUGACGUAAGAGGCAUGCCGUUGGAUCAAGCACACCAUUAUUCAGCGCCGGAUGUGUUCGGCAACCGUGCCUCCUUCCGGACAGUUACAGAUCCAGCAUGUCUAUUCGUGGAUGAGGUGCACCGGAACGACGAGGGCGUGUACAGAUGUCGUGUGGAUUUCCGAAAUUCCGCCACCAAGAGUUUCCGGUACAACUUGUCCGUUAUCGUGCCGCCAAAUGAUCCGGAGGUGUUUGACAGGUUGGGAAGGCAGUUGAACAUGACGGUCGGUCCACUCGACGAGGGCGACGGCAUUGCUCUCAUUUGUCGCGUCAUGGGCGGAAAUCCUCCACCGGCAGUCGUGUGGCUGAAAAACGACCAAGUGGUGGACGACGAGUGCGAACACAACUCAAUGAACGCCAUCGAAAACAGGCUGCACUGGCCGUCUGUCAGCCGCCACGACUUCGGUUCGGUGUUCACGUGCCAGGCGUCAAACACGAAGCUAAUGGAUCCCCGACAAGCAUCCGUCGUGUUGAACCUUAGACUUCCACCGCUAACCGUAACAUUCUCUGCCAUGGACGAAGUUUUGGUGGCUGACCGAAGAUACGACGUACAGUGUCAUUCUGCUGGAUCCAGACCACCAGCGUCCAUUACGUGGUAUAGAAACGAUAAGAAGCUACCGAAAAUAAAGGAAGACGAUGUCAAAGAGAAUGUUACAUCCAGUGAGAUGACGUUCGUGCCCACGACAGACGACAACGGAAAGUCGAUAACCUGUAGAGCGGAAAAUCCUCAAGUACCUAAAAUGGCUCUUGAAGACAAUUUUAUACUGAAAGUCGUCUUCGCUCCGAUCGUUUCGCUCCGUCUCGGAAACUCAAUCGACCCGAACGGCAUCAAAGAGGGAGACGACGUGUACUUUGAUUGUCACGUGAAAGCCAACCCACCGUCGACGAAGCUCACUUGGUAUCACAACGGUCUUACGUUGAACCUGAACUCGUCGGCGAGAACAAUGAAAAGCGACAACAACUUGGUUUUGCAGAGAGUGACCAGAAACGUUGCCGGCAGAUACGCUUGUCGAGCAACCAAUUCCGAAGGAGAAUCGUUCAGCAACGAACUCAGCCUACGGAUUAAAUAUGCACCUGGCUGCAGGACGGACCGGGUGAUGGUGAUCGGCGCGUCCCGAGGCGAGAGCAUGGACGUGCCUUGCGAGGUGGAAGCUGACCCUCCAGCCAAGGGGUUUCGGUGGAAGUUCAACAACUCGGGAGAGACGAUCGAAAUCGGACCCGAACGGUACAUAUCCAAUGGCACGACCAGCGUGCUCAGGUACACACCUGUCGCCGACCUAGACUACGGCACGCUGUCGUGUUGGGCAAUGAACGGGGUCGGUCACCAGUCUGUGCCCUGCCUAUUCCAAAUGGUGGCCGCCGGUAAACCGCAGUCGGUGCACAACUGCACGGUCCGGAACAACACCGACGGCGCGGUGGACGUGCAGUGCGAACCGGGCUACGACGGUGGCCUGCAGCAGGUGUUCGUGCUGGAGGUGUUCGCCGAGAACCUGGACAGCCAGGUGGACGGCGAGGUGCUGUACCGGAACAUGACGGACCGGACGUCGCCGCGCUUUUCGCUGGGCAAGGUCGCGCUGGGCGUGCUGUACACGGCGCGCAUGUACGCCGCGAACGCCAAGGGCAAGUCCACCGCCGUCACUCUGCCCAGAUUUUCGUUUCCCGGCUCCGAGAACCAAAUGGGAUUUGGCGUCGAAGUGUUAAAAGUGUCACCGAUGCUGAUAACGAUAGUGAGCGUUGGCCUGUUGCUCAUCGUAUUGGCAACCAUCGUCGUUGUAAAACUGAAGACGGCGAACAGUAGAAAACGCAACACACGUCAACCGACCGGCGGCGACAAACAAGUGAUUGUCCACCAGAGGAGUAACGGACAAAUAGCCUCGUCCAUUCUAGAAACGGACACCGAUCCUGACCUGAUUCAAGUGAAAUACGAUCCAUCGGACGCGCCCAAACUGCGCAACGGCGGCGUACAGUUUCCUGACGACUCGCACGACCCGUCUGUGGCCGGGUGGUUGGCCACGAACGCGGCCGCCGCCGCCGCGCAGACGUCACAGCCGCCGUUGUCUUCGUCUUCGUCGUCGUCGACGGGUACGCUGCGCAGGGGAACCGGGACGGCGACCAACGACCGCCAACCGGCGCCGGGCGACGCCGCUCGCCGCUGGAACGACGUGUCGCCCAAACCGUUUAGCUACACGCACCACCACCACCAGCAACAUCAGCAGCAGCAGCAGCCGCAGCACCACCAUCAGCAGCAGCAGCACCACCAGCAGCAGUCACCGCCGCCGCCGCACCACGUCCGCGUCCGACCGGAACCGAUCGAACUCAACGGGGCGGAAAUCAAAGAGAAGCUGAUGAUGUCCAGCGGUCACAUACCCGAGAGUUGCGUGUAAACCUGCAACGCAUAUUGCCCUGCAGCGUAUUGUAUAUAAUAAUAUCUUUGUCGUAUAAUAAUAUAAUGUAUAUUGUAUAAUCGGGAAAAACAGUAGGUAACCGUAAUAUUUUAAGUAUAAUAAUAAUAAUAAUAUUAUUGUUGUAAAUCCGAUUUAAGUAAAAACGGGGGAAAAAAAACUGAUUUUUAGACCAGCGUGGGUCCGUGUAAACUUCGCGCGACUCCCCGGACUUUUACCCUCUACGUGUAUAAUAAUAAUAAUAUAUAAAUCUUAAAACUUUCCAAGUCGUGUAUUAGGCCGAUUUAUCGCUUCCAAUCCUACGAUAAAUAUAAUAAUAUUAUUAUGUAGGUACAUUUUUUUUUUAAUAAUAACGAUACUGAUAAUAAUAAUAUUAAUUAUGAUAAAAUUAAAAUAAUAAGAUUAAGAAUAAUAACGAUAACGAUAAUAUUAUAAUUUAUAGCUGUAUUGAUCUAGUGUAAAUUAAUGAUAUUAUAUAGAUUUCGGAGCACCGUAGUCGAGUUUGUGUACUAUUAUAAAAUAUAUAUAAUAUUAUAAUAUUAUAUUAUUGUGUUAAGAUUAAACAUGGGUCGUCGACGACCACUGACCCGCGUCUAUAAGUUAAAAUAGUAAAUAUGUUGUUUAAGAAUUUAUUAUAGAUAGCUUUGUCCCCCGCAUGCAAUUCGAGCGUCCCGCGCUCAUUUAAAUAAUAAUAUUUCGUUCCUCGUCGUUGUUUUUGCUAAUAUCGUAAUAAUAAUAUUAUAUAACCAAACAUAUAUUAUAAAAUUAGGUCGAAUUCUACAUAUUAUUAUUACUGUUCUUAACAAAUAAUUACAAAAAAAAAAAAAAACUUUGACUUAGUGUAAUCCUGUUUUGUAUGAAUAUAACAAAAUGUGUACCUACAUUUAAACGUUACCUUUUAUCCUACUGUGUUACGAUAAGUACUCGUAUAACAUUAUUAUGUAAUAACUAUAAUUUUAUGAUCGUUGUUGUUUUGUUUUAAAAAAUAAAAAAUAAAACGUUUGUCAAAUACUUUCGUCGAGUUAUGUUUCACGUCGACCAUGUCCACAAGCAGCAAUGCUACAUGUCGUGGUGUAUAAUACCUGUAUCAUCGACGCAUGCAAUUCCACUGUCUGUGACAUUUUACCGCGAGCAUAAUAUUAAAAUAAGUGUAUGCGCAGUACGCAAAAUUCAAACAUUUUAAA